AUGGCAGGCGUCAGUCCAGGAUCUGUUAGAUCUGCAUUAGAAAUGACGCUACAGCAGAGAUUCAAAGACACCAAAACGGGUCAGGGGAAGGAAACGCGCGGGACCCCGGCUUCCCCGCGCCAGGCCGCCUCCGUGCCAGCCGUGGUUCCGCUUCCCCGAGGACCGGCCGCGCGGGGCCGCCGCGCCCACUGGCCGGGGGGUGACCUUGUGAUCUGCGCUGACCACUGCGCUCCCGCCUGUCGAGACGUCUCUUCGGUGAUCCAGAAGAACCUGCGAUUCCCCCAGCGCCUGCGGCUGGUGGCGGGCGCCGUGUCCGCCCGGCACCCUGUGUCUCCCCAGUACCUACGGGGUAACCAGAGGGGGCCACGCGGGCGGCCCUUAAAUGAUGUCACUUCAGCACCUAUUCACUGUGAAGAAGGCUCAGUGCAUAAAAGCAAACAGAUUUCUCUGAAAAGGGUCCUCACCGUAGUUAUUCAGGCCAAAGUGAAAGUGUUUGGGAAACUUCUGUGUAAGGCUACUAGUCAGGCUGAUGAAUUAUAGUCUAGGACUUCCUCUAUCUUUGGCAUUUACUCCAAUGACUCGACAGAUUCAGCCUUGGACAUCAAGAGUGAGCAGAAUAAAUUGUCUUAUAUAGCUAAGCAAGUGAAAGAAGAGACCAGUUAA